AUGGAAGUUACUGAUAAAAAUGGUAGCUCCAAAAGUAAUGUUUCAAGACGAAAGACACCUAAACAGCGAAGAUCAAGCUUUGAUAUUGUUGCAUUAGGGGCUGAUUUGUUUGAUAAUUUAGCAUCAUCAUCACUAGCAUCUAAGUCUUCAGGAAGUCUAGCUCAGGACAUACAAGCAAUUGCCAAAUAUCAAAAAUAUAUUGUCACGAAUUCAGAAUCUGUAAAAUUUACCUCUCUUAAUAAGGCAACAAUUGAUUUAGUCACACAUAAAAGUGCGAUCAAUUCAAUGAUUGUUGAAUAUGAUGAAAUAAGAUCUAAUUUUAUCUCAGACUUAGUUGAAGUCAAGACUUUUAUUGACAAGCACACAGACUACUAUCCUUAUUCUCUGAGAAGACGCUUAAGACGUCAAAUUGCCACAAGACUUACAACUAUUGAAUUACUUGAUGUUUUAAUCGCAAAUUACCAACAAAGCGGCAUCGAAAUAGACUAUUUUGUUGAACAUUUAAUGUCAUUACCUCAACCAGUUUAUAUUAAUGUUACAGAUUACAUUGAAGAUUUUGACUUUUCAAAACAAUCAAAACAUGAUGUAGAUGUAGCUCUUCGAUACAUUGGACAGCUUAAGUUCCCAGAUGUAACACGCAUUAAGAAGAAAUCCCCAUUCCAUCUCAUUGAUUCUUUUGAAGGCCAAAUCUUCAGAAGAAUUAAAGAAAAUUUCAGAGGAUUAACUGCCGAUGAUUCAGCUUUCAUCAUCAAAAAUCUCUCUAAAAACUCAACAUACAAUAUUGCAGAGGAAGUUUUCUUCCAACGAGCUUGGUUGAUCAAAGAAUUCCCAUGGUCACUCGAACCAUAUCUCCUUCCAGAUAUGUCACGCGUUUUGGUUAAAUCGUUUGCUCCUUCGUUCCUCAGCCAGAAAUAUUUAAAUAUGACAUUCGCAGAGUUUUCACAAGACAGAGAAGGACCUUAUUACGGUUUGAUCCAAGAUAUCACAGGCAUCAUUUUCGAAAUCAAUCCAUUUAACAUCGCCAGAGUUUUGUGGAAAAUGAUGAAUGAUAUUCCAAACGUAAUCAGAGAAAUGAAUCAUAUCACAAGCAAAGACUUCGUUGUAGAUUUCGAUCAACUCUUUUCUACACUCAUUAUUCUGGUUUGCGCAACUUGCAUUCCAGUUAUCACAAAAUACAUCGCUUUUGCAGCUGCUUAUCGCGCCGCCGCAGAGUAUGAUCCUCAAUUGUCAUAUGCGAUGGGACAUUUGGAAGGAUUAUAUUAUCAUUUGAAGAAUAUUAAGAGCAAAGAUUUAAUUUCACAUGGAGCAACAGAUGUUUCACCACAAAAGAAGAAGCAGCAAGAAUCAGAAAUCUUGAAGAUUCUAUUUGAAGAAACUCCUGUUUGA